AAUCAAUCAAAUCGAUAACCUAAUGUCAAGUAGUACCAGUCCUCCGCCGCCGCCGCCGCCAAACGCGAUGAUGGGUUCGUCGCUCCGCCCAGUGACGUUCGUCACCGGCAACGCGAAGAAGCUCGAAGAAGUUCGGGCGAUCCUGGGCAACUCAAUCCCCUUCAAAUCCCUCAAACUUGAACUGCCUGAAUUGCAGGGGGAACCAGAAGAAAUAUCGAAAGAAAAGGCCCGAUUGGCUGCAAUUGAGGUAAACGGACCUGUGCUUGUCGAGGAUACAUGCCUGUGUUUUAAUGCACUUAACGGUUUGCCAGGACCUUACAUAAAGUGGUUUCUGCAGAAGACUGGGCAUGAAGGUCUGAACAAUUUACUGGCAGCUUAUGAGGACAAAUCAGCUUAUGCUAUGUGUGUUUUUUCUCUUGCUCUUGGGCCAUCUGUAGAACCAAUGGCAUUUGUUGGUAAAACACAGGGUAAGAUAGUUCCUGCAAGGGGCCCCACAGAUUUUGGUUGGGAUCCAAUCUUUCAACCAGAUGGAUACGAACUGACGUAUGCUGAAAUGCCGAAGGAGGAGAAGAACAAGAUAUCGCACCGCUCAAGAGCUCUUGCAAUGGUGAGAGCACAUUUUGCGGAGGCAGGCUACAGAUUCCAGACUGACGGAUAACUAAAGAACUUAGGGUCUUUUAACCAUAUCGCAUGGUACCAAUCAUCAUGCUCAUUGGUGGAACUAAGAUCACAGAAGUUGCCCUGGUUUUCGGUUGUCCAGACUGAAGAACUGAUUUCCAUUUUCUAACGAGUUAUCCAGUCGUUUAUAGGCCAUAUAUACCUUUCGUUGAUGUGUUCCAACUGCUGUAAACCAGACCAGAUGGAUUUAUGGUAUUAAUAGCUCAUGUACCGUCUAGUUGUGGAGAUGUUGGCGCUUGGCAAGAUAACGUGAAUACGAUAAGCUGUUAGUUCGAGAAA